GCCCGUAGUGAAGCCCACCCCGCCGUCGCUAAGCUCCGCCGCCAAGGGAGGCAAACGUCGCAAAAGCUGACAGGAAACUUGGCCGCGCGUUACGACAGCGGCGGCCGCGCUUGGCGGCCGCUGGAUGAGCGGGGAGUGGGAGCCGCGGCGCUGAGGAGACGCGGGGAUAUGGCCGAGGUACCGCCGGGGCCUAGCAGCGUCCUCUCCCCGCAGGGGGACACGCUCUCCCCCUUCCCCGGAGGAGGAGGGGGGGGGCCUGCUUCCUCCUCCUCCUCCUGUUCCACCUCCGCCGCCGCCGCCGCCGCCUGCACCGGGGCCCAGGACGAGGAGGCCGAAGAGGAGGAGGAGGAGGAAGAGGAGGGACCCGCGGGCGGACGGGAGCAGCAGCGAGGAGGAGGAGGAGGAGGAAGCAGCGACGGCGGCAAGGGGGGGCCGCAGCAGCAGCAGCACCGCCUCCACCACCACCACCAUCACCCCCCGCACCACAACCACCAGCUCAACGGCCUCAUCAGCCCCGAGCUGCGGCACCUGCGGGCCUCCCUCAAGAGCAAGAUCCUGGGCUCUGAGGCAGGGGCAGCCCCCGAGGGGUUGGAGAACAAGCGAGCCAGCAAAACAAUGGGCUCCGGACAGCAGCAGCAGCAGCCGUCGCCCCCGGCCGCAGCACCGUGCUCGUCCCCCCUUCCUAACCACCUCCCUCCCCAGGGAAGGACUGCACCCUCUCCUCCUCCUUCUCCCGCAGCAGCAGCAGCAGCAACAGGGGACAGGAGCCAGCCUGCUGCCACAACUACGACUGCUGCUAAGACUGCAGCCCGCAAUGGGCUGGCAGGAGGGACUGGCUUGGAGGAGGAAGAGCAGGAGGAGGGGGAUGAAGGUGGGGAGGAGGAGUCCUUGCUGCUGCUCUCUAGGUCCUUAGCAGCAGGCUGCAGUUUGAAAGGCUCGGGAACGGACUCUCAGCCCGAGGAGGACCUAACGAUACGAUACGUCCGAUACGAAUCAGAGCUGCAGAUGCCCGAUAUCAUGAGACUGAUCACCAAAGAUCUGUCUGAACCCUACUCCAUUUACACGUAUAGGUAUUUUAUCCACAACUGGCCACAACUUUGCUUUUUGGCCAUGGUAGGGGAAGAGUGUGUAGGUGCCAUCGUCUGCAAGCUGGAUAUGCACAAAAAGAUGUUCCGCAGAGGUUAUAUAGCCAUGUUAGCAGUGGAUUCCAAAUACAGAAGAAAAGGAAUUGGUACAAACUUGGUUAAGAAAGCUAUUUAUGCUAUGGUCGAAGGAGAUUGUGAUGAGGUUGUAUUGGAAACAGAAAUCACAAAUAAGUCUGCUUUGAAACUUUAUGAAAACCUUGGGUUUGUGCGAGACAAGAGGCUGUUCAGAUACUAUUUAAAUGGAGUUGAUGCACUGCGUCUUAAACUAUGGCUGCGUUAAAAGAAUCCAUCACAUCAAGCAACUGACGUCCCAACAGCGCAGAGUUGUCCUUUGCAUGCAAUGCAAUUUGUACAAAAUUGCUUUGCAAGGUGGACUUAGUAAUUUCCAUGCAGCUCUUAUCUGUCAGUGUCUCAUUUGAGUGUCGCACAUAUUUGUUGCACUUUGGCAUGGCGCAUUUGUUCCGAAUUAAAGCCGAUUGUUUCAAACUUCGAGUUCUUUUGGUACCAGCAAGAUGUGCCAGUUGAUAGCCAAGAUAGGUUUGUUUAUUUGCAAGUCUACUGACUGUAUUACAUACACAGUGAACAUUUUAUUAAAGAACCUGUUAUGUGGAACACAACUUUUGGUUCCCGGAGAGAAAAAAAAAAAAAAGCCAAUGUAGAUUGUAAAAUUCUAUAAGUAUACUAACAUUUCAUACAAAAAAAAAAAAAAAUUGCCAUAGUUUUCUGGAAAAAGGCUUCAAUUUUAGGUUUUAUUUUUCAAUAUUGAAUUUUCCAUUCUUAAAUAUUGGUACCUCAGUGAUUAGUGAAUGAAAAAAUGUAUUGUAGGGUGGGGUGUGUGUUACAAUGAGUAACAGUAACAAUUAAAUUGCGUCUGCCAGUGCCUGUAUAGAUAAGUAUAUUUGUCUUCACCUCUGAGUUUGGAGUGCAUGCUUUUAUUCUUUUACUUUCUUCAAUUGUCUCUGCAAGAAAAAAAUUCUGCUUUUAUUUAAAUUCUGGAUUUGAUAAUAAAUUAUUUCAGAUUUUUAUGAUUUGGAUACUUCUCCCAAACGAGGGUUUGGAAGGCCCUUCUUUUCUUAUAGCAGGAAGUGUAAGCUAUUUUGAAAUCCUUGAGUAGCUGCUAAAAGAGAACCUGAUGUUGCCAGUAAAUCUCUGCUGGUUUUGGAUGCACUUUUUUCUUUAAAAGAGUGAGGGACUUUUAAAAGAAGAUAUAGAAAAUUAAUGUAAAUUGGUAUGAUUUUAUUUAAUCAAAAUUAUCACUAGAAGCUCUGAAAAACAGCUAUUUUAAAAUAGUUUGAACAAUUUUUUUUUUUUUUCAGAUUGCUUUGCUUCAGUGUUCUAAAAUGCUUCAAUCUUUGGUUCUUGGUCUUGGAAAUAAAUUUCAAGGUGUAUUGUAUCCAUUUUUAGCUGCUCUCAUUUUCUCUAAACUUACAUGAGCUAAAUUAUUGGGGGAUUUUUUUUUUUCCUUCCAAAAUCAAAGCGAUGGGGAAGACAUUUCUCUUCCUCCUCCUCCUCCUUUCUCUCACUUUCUGUCUCAAUUGGGCAUACAUAGGUUUUACCAAUACCCAUCAAUCUGUUCAGUAAUUACAGUGUCUAGGCUUUCUUGUUCAGCGUGAUUCUAUAGCUCAGUUCUAUGAAUCGGUUGGUUGGGAUUUUUAGUUUAUUUUUAUUUUUCCUCCACUUCAAAAAAAAAAAAAAAAAGUAUUAGUUGACUUCUGGAAGAGUCUGCAGGGGGGAGGGGAAGGGGAAAGGAUGAGCUCUCAGUGAAUCUGCUCUUUGGUAGUUGAGCGUACUCUUCAGAUUUGCCUUACUACACUUAUUUUUUUCUUAAGGGUUUGGUUUGAGUCUUUUUUUUGUUGUUGUUUUGUUUAUAUUAAUUACUGUACAUUUAAAAAAAAAAAAGGAAAACAAAAAAAAAAACCCUACCUCCAUUAACAUGUGGAAAAGAUCCCUGUGCAGGAAAACUGGAUUUAAAGGAAAGCCUUAUUUUGCGCAGACCGAUUGCAGAUGGUGAUGGGCAUUUCUUACCGAGUACAAAUGAUGAGUCGUGUUUGAAAAUAAAGACUUUUAAUAGAAAUUGGCCCUUCUGAGUUUUCUGCCUGGAAACACUGUGUUUCUGAGAGGGCUUGUUUCCCCUCAGUAAGGAAAACUCGCUUAAAAUGGUGCCUGAAUCAGUGCUGUGAACUGGAAUCUUAUUUGCAGAGUUCAGGGCAAAGCUGCCUGUUCAAAUUUCCCUAACCCCUCUGGUUUGCCAGUUAUUUAGAGCAGUUCUUCAGGAGGUGAAGGCUUAAGUGUUGGGAAUGCUGAAUUGAUGGAAACAGGCUUUUCCCAGAUGUAUUCAAGUUGUCUGGGAAGUAACGCCUGCUCUGGCUUGCUUGAACUAAGGAGGCAGAUAAGAGAAGCUUCGUUCCUUGUUAGCAGCUGCUGGGCUGCAAACUGCAGAGUAGGCUAUCUUGUGUGUCUGCUGAUGUUUAAAAACUGAAAAGCCAGACAAGCAAGUUUUCUGGAGGUUAAUAUUUAAGCUGUGGGUGUCUUGAGUUUGAGAGCAGACUUGAAACUUAGCCUGCAUCACUUUUUGUGAAGGUACUGCCGAAAAAUACCAUCACUGCUGAGCGAAAUUCAAAUACAGUUCUGUUUCUCGUAAGAAGUAAUUCAUUCUCACCAUGCCAUCUUUGAAAAGGCUGCGCAAAAUAGGUGUAUGUUUCUUUUCAAAGAGCACAUUGCCUGAAAGGUUCUCAUUUUGCUGCUGUGUAACACACAGUUCACUACGGAAGAGACUGAAGCUGUAUGCGUUGGCUUAUAUUAAGUGGAACAGAUUUAUUCUCUGUGUUGCUUGGAAUUGGGUCUCAAGUGGGAAGUCAAGAAUUGCAGAGAGAUGAAAACAGAUGUUCAAAACGAAUCUAGCAAAAAGGAGUUUGGUUAUUUCUCAUGUCUGUUGUUAAAACACAGUCCACUCCUCUUCACCUUUUGCAUUGACAAAUCUAAGUAGGGAGUUUUUGUUUGGAUUUGCCCAAACACUGCUAUUUGCUGACAUGUCAGGUAUGGAUGUUUGUGUUAUGUUGUUUUUGUUUUUUUUUUUUAAGGAAACAAUUGGGUUCAUCACUUACAAGAAAAGCAGGCAUAGUCUAAUUGGCAUUGCGUAGUGCAUCACAAACUUUUCCAGGGCACCACAAGGCAUUGCUCAAACUGAGUGCUUUGUUCAAAAUGUUCAGGUCUUGUAUAAGCAUUGCAACCUGUAUUGGAGUUCAGGUAUCAGACGGGCAUCUAUGGAAAUAUCAAGUGUAUCUCCAAAUACUGGACUGCUGUUUUGAGUGAAUUAUAUUCUUCUGUCCCUUUAUCCUUUUUGAUGAGAACAAAAACAGUGGGGUUAUGAAAUGUACAAGCUGUCUAAAUACAAUGCAGUCAAAUAAAUGGUUAAGUUGUUUAUCUA